CUCCCCAUAAACCCUAAAAAGCUUCGACGCCGUUCGAUAGUUGUUUCUUCUUCCUCUCUCUCUUUCUCUUCCCCCCACCAAAACUUAUAAUGUCAAGUCGGCCUGAGUUGCUCGCGCCGCCGGAGAUAUUUUAUGACGAAUCCGAGGCUCGGAAGUAUACUUCUUCAUCCCGUAUCGUGGAAAUUCAGGCGAGGUUGUCAGAGAGAGCUUUGGAGCUCCUUGCUUUGCCCGAUGAUGGAGUUCCUAGAUUCUUGCUCGACAUUGGUUGUGGGUCUGGCCUGAGUGGGGAAACACUCUCUGAAAACGGGCACCAAUGGAUUGGUCUUGACAUUUCAGCAUCAAUGCUUAACGUUGCUGUGGAACGAGAAGUUGAGGGUGAUCUUUUACUUGGUGACAUGGGGCAGGGAUUAGGUCUUCGUGCAGGAGUUAUAGACGGAGCCAUCAGUAUAUCAGCUGUUCAGUGGUUAUGCAAUGCAGACAAGUCAUCGCAUGAACCUCGUUUGAGGCUAAAGGCUUUCUUUGGGUCACUAUACCGAUGCUUAUCAAGAGGAGCAAGAGCAGUUUUCCAAGUGUACCCUGAGAAUAUUGCUCAGCGUGAACUGAUUCUUCGCCAGGCCUUACAAGCUGGAUUUGGUGGUGGACUUGUCGUUGACUACCCGCACAGUACUAAGAAAAGAAAGGAGUUCUUGGUCCUCACAUGUGGUUCUGUGCCAACCAGUAUUAACGAAGGGUAUAAAGAGAGUUGCUCUGAGGAUGAUGAUAGCGAAGACGAGGAGAACGGAAUGGUGGGUGUAUCAGAUAGGAAUAGGCCGAGGAAAAAGCAGAGAACGAACAAGAAAGGCAAAGGAAGGGAAUGGGUUUUGAGGAAGAAAGAGCAGAGUAGAAGAAAAGGAAACGAUGUUCCUCAUGAUUCCAAGUACACCGCAAGAAAACGCAAGUCGCGUUUCUGAUAUUCUUUAUGAUUUUGAAACGCUAAUAUACAGCGUUUUCUCAAAAAAAGUUUUGUCAUGAAAAAGAAAAUAUUGAACCAUUCUACUGUUUCGACUUUUUUGUGUGUCAACUCAAUGCUCGGAUGCAUCUUGUAUUUUGCGUUAGCCUUCUCCUCUCUUUUUGUUUUCAACUUUUAAAUUAAUAUUUUUUUACUAGCCAAAUUAUCUGGAAUAUCCAGAGCUGUAUGCAAGAAAAACUAC